GGCAGCUGGAGUGGCAGUGUGGCAGCAAGGGUAGUCCAUAGCGAGGAACAGAAAUUAAAUUCCAGCAGGAUUGGACAAUCAUUUUUUUGCCCUUCAAAAAGUGUCGGAAAAGUGCUGAAAAUGGAGCCGUAAUCGUUGCCUACUUUCGAGCGCUGCGCGAGUGACAUAAUUGCCCCGGCCCGGACCGAUGAGAACGGAAACCUUAAAGAUUAGUGCAAAUCGGCAAGGGAUUCACGCCAUAUCGGACCACACAUAACAUCGCCUUCCGAUCCCAUCACCCCACACGUGUACCCCUCUCCGUUGGGGGUUUUUCUUGACUGCAAAUCGAUUUCUGUUUCCGGCAUUUUUCACGUGGCUGCUGGUGCCGCCCCCCGCCCCCCGCCCCGUCCGCGUCUGUCCGCAUUGCCAUCCGAUUCCGUGCAGUUUUCGGUUGUUGUUUUUGUUGCUGCCUAACGAUUUUUCCCACAAAAACAACACACGGCGAAACGUGGCACGGACAUAGAGCGAGACAGAGCUAUACAGCGAUUGAGAGAGAGAGAGAGAGAGUGGGAGAGAGCGAGAACGAGAACGAGAGCACUCCGGACUCUUGGGGCAUCGUAAAUCGUAAACAGUUUUGCCCCAGCUGAAAGUAACAGUCGUCGGUCGGUCGUUCGGGGCGAGGGGUUUUUGGGAAUCGUUAUGGAUUUCCUGCCUCUGGCCUGUAUUUCGGUAGUUCGCUGCCUCUGCCUCGGCCACCACUUCCCCUGAACCCCUGACUUGCUGUGGGCGGUGCGGUGCGAUAUUUGGGGGCCGGGCCUGCCUCUUCGUUUCUGAUUCAGUUUCGGUUUCAGUCAGUCAGCUGCUGCUUUCCCCGUGCCACGUGUCGCAUGAGUAAUGCUUUUCAUUUUUGGAGAAAUUUCGCCUCUUGCAGUCGCCUCCCAACUCACGCCAUUACCAACGAAAAUCCAACAACUGAAUAAACAAUAAACUAAACAUAUAAAAAACUAUUAUCAAAGACUGUUUCAACAAUAUCCAAAUCAGGCUUCUAUCUCUUAAUUAAAUAAUCAAUUAAUCGAAUAGAAAUAGUGCUUAAAUCAAUUGCAAAACAAAAGUGUUCAAAAUUCGAAAAUCAAUUUGUAAUCCAAAAAGGAAAACCACUCGGAAGCGAAUUCAACGAAAUCGAUUUCUAAAUGUUAGCGCGGUUUGAAUUUAACAGAGAAACGUAGACGAAAUACGAAUGCAAAUUAGAUGCAAAAUAAAUGGGUAAAAUGAGGUCAAGUAAAUACGAUGUUACCACAGCUUACGGUCUAUGCCAAGAUUAUUUACCUCCUGAUGGUGGUGAUUUCAGGUGCAUUAUGUACAGUAGAAGAUUACGUAAUAAUGUCACAGUGUGCACACAACAAAGCCAUACACCUAGCUGCGGCAGGAACAGUCUCAGUGACAGACAUUUCACAGAUACAAAAUAUAACGAUAGUCGGCCUCCCGGAUUAUGUGAACAACGAAUUCAAAAUAGCACUGUACGCAAAAGAAACCCAAAGAUAUUUGUGUUUCAACGACAAUUGGAGAUUAGUUGGCAUGAGGGAACUGCGCGAUACCUGCUACUUCAACGAGACGAUCGUGCACGGUUAUUUCGUGUUCCGGUCCGUUGUCGACCUGCAGCGCCGUGUCGGGUUCACGCACCGAGGUAAGCCCGUUGGGCCAAAGAAGAGCGUCAACGAUGCCUGCUACAUGUUCAAUAAGAUCGAUGCCGAGCAGUUUUUCCAUCAGCACACGUUACCAAAAUGGCACGAGAUGGCCGCCAGUCAGAUGAUAGCCAGCAAUGGAAAUGGCAAUGGCAGUGGCAACAGCCGGAAGCCAUUGACAUCGCCGUCGCGCAGCAACAAAAACAAUCGCCACAAAUCGAAUAACCAAAAUCAAAAGUUGCAGCCGCAACAGGAGCAUCAUGGCCAUAAUAAUAACAGUAACAUUAUUAUUAACAAUAGUAGUAAUAGUCUAAGUAGCACUAACAAAAAGCAAUUAGCAUUAAAUCGACAAAAGCAGCAGAAACAACAGCAGCAACAGCAGCAACAUCAGGUGCGCCACCAUCACAAUGAUCCUUCGCUGCUGGCACGCAGGCAGCAGCACGACAAGAAGCAGAAGCGACGACGCAAGGAGCAGUUGCAGCAACGAGUCACAGCUAGUCCAACGAAACGAAUGACUGCAACAGCCACAGCCACAGCCACAGCAGCAACAUCCACAAGCACCACAUCAAGCACUGCAACAACCAAAUGGUCAACAGCCACACUGUCCAUCAAGCGCAAGGGAAGACGAAGAAAGGGUCACAAGCCAAAGGCCAAGCCGGUCACGACUGCAACAUCAACAUCCUCUGACGACUCCCUCUACAGCAGCAGCAGCAGCAGCAGCAGCAGCUUGGGCUACGAGGAUGCCUACAAUGUCAGCAGCAGCAGCAUCACUACCUUGGAGCCCUGGUCCACUUGGUCCACCAUUGAUAGCUUUACGCCAGAUGUUGCGAGUGUCAGCAGCAGCAGCACAACGGCAACAUCAGACGACAGUAUUAGCAGCAGCAGCAGCAGCAGCAACUACGAUGCCUGGUCCACAUUCAUCACGGAGCUGGAGAGCGAGGCCUCCGCGGGCACCACCACGACAGAGAUGAGUGGCAACGACACGGAGUUACCGCUGCAUUACGAGGCAGAGCUGGUUGAAGACGCAGAGACAGUGUCCACGACGGACUAUGAAACCAAAGGAACAUCAGCAGCACUAGCGGCGACGGCAACGGCGGCCACAACUACCUCGACAGCUGGCUCUCAGCUGGUGAUAGAGCAGACGCCGCUGCAGGAAGAGAUGGCCAGGAGCAGCACAGCAGCCGCAGCCACCACAGGAGCCGCCACGCCAACGGCAGCCACAACUCUCGCCAGUCAGACUGAUCUGGCACCGAGCACGCAUAAGCUGAGCAGACAUCGUGGCAGUGGCAGUGGCAGUGGCAGUAUGGAGAACAGCAGGCAGUGGCUGCAGGAAGGCGACAAUAAGCUGCACAAGCAACUGCUGCCACUGCAGCCGCCCACUGGCAGCACGCGAGUACCUUCGGCGACAACGUCCAGGCGGAGGCCAGGCUCCAGUGCGGCAGCCACAGCCACAGCCACAGCCACAUCCACUGUGGAGAGCAUGGCAACGACGCCUCAGCAGCAUGGGCUCAUCGACAAGAUCUUCAGCGUGUACAAGAACAUCAAAAGCAACUUGAACAACACCCUCACCGAGGCAUCGCCAACAGUCGACACAAGAAGCACCGUCACAGCGGCAACCACCACCAAGAAAUCCCUACGCAAGUCCACACAGAAGCUGAUGGCCACGCCCUACCACCAGCUGACCUACGUGCGCAAUGAGGCGGGCGACAUUGACAUCGACAACUUGGACAAUAUCAGCGUCUAUCCGGAUCUCUUCGAGGGAGAACUGGAUGUCAGCGACAGCGGCAAUGGCAACGGGUCCACCAACAGCAACAGUCGCCUCACCUUUGUCAGCGGCUAUCUGGCCACCUCGCCCACAUCCGUGCUGCCCGAGUCGAUACGGAUCGCCAAGAUCAAAAUCAACAACGAGCGCCGGCGGCUGCAACUGCACAGCAGCCAGCGGAGAUUCGCGUAGUACCAUCAAUUUUGGAGUUUGCCCAGACUAUAUAUUGUUGUAUACCUAUACUCAGAACAGUUUUCAAAUGAAUUUAGGCACGAAAAUAAAACAGAAUUAUGGAUAAAUAUUUGCGACUUAUAAUGAACUGAUACAUAUACAUAUAUAGAGAGCGAUCGAUACUCGUAUAUAGUAUACCUAUAUGGGGAGUUGCUUACUGUUCAGUACCUCAGCUCAGCUCCAGACAGAAGUUUUGCACUUGCACGCCUUAAAGCACGCUACAGAAGCGGUUGCGGGAAUGGGAAUAACGGACACCAGAUGACCAUAACUCAACCAUAGCGGGGGGGGGAAAGAACUCGCAGAACUGCUACAUAGUUAUAAAUGAAAAGACAAUAAGAUUUUUAUUUACGAGUAUGUGCUAUAUAAGCUAAC